GGCAGUUUAGAGGGUGCGAUUCGACUUCCUCAUCAGCCAAUCGAGAUCGGUGUGGACGCUGACACACACAGGAGCUAUUGCCUGACCCAGGAAAUAAGAGGAAAGACGGUCUACACUCGGACCAUAGCAUUCAACAUCCACGCACACACCUACUCCAAGUCCGGUUCCAGCGACGACAAUGACACUCCGUUCCAACGUCAUUUGAAACUCCACCUGGAACGGGCGUACGAGGAAACGAGGCAAGAGGAACGGAAUGCGGCCAGCGACGUGAGUCUGUGUUUGGAAUUUCUGCACACC